AAACAAAGAAGAAGAAGCAGGACGUAGGGUGACGACAGUUUUGUAGAAAUAUUCAGUCCGAGAAGAAGUUGGUACUGCUUUUAAUUUCAGCUUCUGCACAUUAUUAAAAAUUAUUUGUCCUUCAGUAUGUCGGCCAGGAAUCCAGGGACGAAACUCGACCUGGAGUGGAUAUCAAAAGUGAGAGUCAACAGACAGGCUGUCCUGAAGAGAGCUCAGCGCAUUCAAGGACUAAAGAUGCCCACAAAACAGUGGCAGGCUGCCUGGCUGCUGAAGGCUAUUACAUGUAUUGAUUUGACAACUCUGGGUGGAGAUGAUACUUCAUCCAAUGUCCAUCGACUGUGUCUAAAAGCCAUCCAUCCAGUCCGACGUGACCUGCUCAGGAAGAUGGAUAUGGACAACAAAGGAGUGACCACGGCAGCAGUGUGUGUAUAUCCAUCCCGUGUGGCUGAUGCUGUCAUAUCAUUAAAAGCAGCCAACUCCAGCCUGCCUAUUGCCUCUGUGGCCACUGGUUUCCCCGCAGGCCAGACACCACUGGAAACCCGCCUGCAGGAAGUCCGCAUGGCUGUGGCUGAUGGUGCCACUGAGAUUGACAUAGUAAUCAACAGGACCCUUGCCCUCACAGGACAGUGGGAAGCCAUGUAUCAUGAGAUCUGUCAGUUUCGGGAGGCUUGUGGUGAUGCCCACAUGAAGACAAUCUUGGCUGUUGGAGAGCUGGGCACCUUCACCAACGUCUACAAAGCCAGCCUUGUUGCCAUGAUGGCUGGUUCAGACUUCAUCAAGACUUCCACAGGAAAGGAGGCUGUCAAUGCUACUUACGCUGUCGCCAUAGUGAUGGUGAGGGCCAUCCGUGACUACUUCUUGUGUACAGGCUACAAGGUGGGCUUUAAGCCAGCAGGAGGGAUCCGGACAGCUCAGGAGUCUCUGCUGUGGCUCACUCUGGUCAAAGAGGAGUUGGGCAGUGACUGGCUUUGCCCUCCCCUUUUCCGUCUAGGAGCCAGCAGCCUGCUGGCUGACAUCGAGAGGCAGAUCUACCAUCACGUUACUGGACAAUAUGCAGCUUAUCAUGAGCUGCCUAUGGCCUGAAGCUGUGGACAUCCUGUUUUAGCAACCAAUCAGAAUCAUCAGGGGUUUUGCCCUGGGACCUGUUUAUCUCUGAUUCUUUUCUCUUUUUUUGAAUGUGUUGUUUACACACAUGUAAAGUGUCUUGAGAUAACUUUGUUAUUUAAAUAUAAUUGAAUUGAAUGAAUUGAACCUUAGACUCACCCCUUAAACCACACAAAGGCACUGCACUGACUGCACACUACUUUAUUAACAACAUAUUAACAACAUUCAUCUUCCAUUAGUGGAAAAACAGUUUUAUUGUUCUGUAGUAGUGCACUAGUUUGCCUACAGAGACUGUAUACAUGGAAUUGUAAACAGUCACAGUAUUUUGCUUACAAUCAUAAUAAACAAGUAUAGCAAAUCUCUGUUAGUUUAAGGGUGUGGUCAUUUUAACUGAAAGUGAACUGAAUUUAAUUAAUUAAUUAAUUAAAUUAAGAGUUAAAAAAAUGUAUCAAUUUUGGCACAGUGGUUCGCACUGUUGCCUCACAGCAAGAGGGUUUCAGGUUCGAGUCUGGCUCUGGGCUCUUCUCUUCUGUGUGAAAUUUGCAUGUUCUCCCUGUGCCUGUGUGGGUUUUCUCAGAGUAUUCCAGCUUCCUCCCACAGUCUCAAAAACAUGCACAUUAGGUUACUGCUCUACAUGGCUACUUUACAUUGCCCCUUAGUGUGUGUGUAUGUGUGGGGUUGUCUGUCUUUGUGUGUCAGUUCUACUGUUGACUGGUGACCAGUCCAGGGUGUUCCCCGCCUCUCACUUGUAGUCAGCUAGGAUAGGUUUGAGCCCCCUGCGACCCUGACGGAUAAACGGUAUGGAUAAUGGAUGGAUUUUAUCAAUUUGGUUUUGUCCUUUAUAUUUAAUACUAAAUACUAUAUUUUAUAGUAAAUCUGUCCCUUGCUAAUCUUACAAAAUAAAAGAUGUGAAAAGA